AUGCCGGCUAAAAAGAAGGGUGCACGAGGGAAGACCAUCAACCUCAUGGACUUUAACGAUGAGUACAUUCCCGAGGAUAACUUAGAUUGGGCAGUGGAAGUUCCUCAGGAGAAGACACAGGAACAGGUGGUGGAAGAGAAACUUGCCAAGAGAGACUUCAGUCGCAUUGCUAAUAAUGCACUCGCAGAGAACGGCGGUUUCCGUGAUGCGCCAAGUGCACAAGUCAAUCGCUCAAGAGGCAUGGAAGAUCUCCAACCACCGUACGUCGCUCACUUUGGAAACUUACGUAAUGGAACAACAGAAGAAGAGUUUCUACGUAACUUUCAUGAGGAUGUCAUCGUUACGUCACGACUCAUUAGUCAAGAUGGAAAGAGUUUUGCGUUUGUGGAGUUUAAAACAGCACAGGCACUCGCUAUUGCCCUCACAAUGGACCAAACUAUGGUAAAGGGACGCAAGCUCUACGUAGACUUAGCCACUGCCAAGCAGGUGGAGCGACUACAUGGUCAUAGUGGGCCUUCACGGCAAAAUGCAGCGGGUGGUCCACAGCAACAACAAUCCGGUGGAUUGCAACAUCUUAACCUUACUCGUGACGCUUUUGGCACUACACAAGGUGGCGGUAACUCUUCUCCUGGAGAGCGUGAUAUGGGCAGUCGCUCUGGAUUUGGCUCCCGCAACGAUCUCCACAUCCUGGCGGAACUCUCACGAGACACGUUAGGCACUGCCACUCGCGGUUCCGAUGGCUCACCAACAGGAAUGACACCACCACCAGACUUUGGAAACUGGCGUAAUGAAGGCCCUGUGGCACAGCCGGAGUUUCAGCCAAAUCUGCGCGAGAACCGCCGCAGUGAUGGAGAGUUGGACCGUCGUGGCGGCGGUGUUCCUCGUAACAACAAACGUCAGAGUCCUGUAUCAGCCGGUGGUCUUGCAAACUGGCGUGAUGAGCCUAUGGUACAGCCGCCACCACCCCCAAGCGCAGGGAAUGCAGAAGAAAGUAAUAACACUAACACAGCCGUUGGAUCUACAAACGGCGAGGGUGGAAGCAACGGUCGAAAGGCAGGUGGUGAUGCCUGGUCACGCGAUGGUGCUGGUCGCGGGGGGAAUCGUGGCCCACAGCGCCAGCCUCGGGACGACAGUAAAUGGGAAACGUUGCGACGGUAA